AUGAUUCGCGAUGCACUGGGUCUGGUAGUGGGCCUAAUAAUAGGCAUCCAGUUGACGGAGUACUGGAAUUAUAAUAACUUUAUGCAAACGGCUAUUUGGGAAAGAAGAAAUCCGAAAGCAGAUAAUCCAGCUAAGAGACUCUUCAAUCAAACACGAAUCCUUUGCAUGGUUUUAAUAGAUCCCUUGGAUCAUGUAAAAAAGCAGGCCAAGAUUAAAUCCACAUGGGGCAGGCGAUGUAAUAAGCUUAUUUUUUGGAAGGACGGCAAAGAGGAUAAUAAUACUUUUGCUGCUGCUCGACAUGGAUUUAAAAAUAUUUUUAGAAACCAUUUUAACGGACACGAUUGGGUUCUUCGGGUGGAUACAGAUACCUUUGUGAUAAUGGAGAACUUACGACGCUUUCUCUACCGAUACGAUCCAGAAUCAUCGAUAUAUUUUGGUCACCGCCUGAAAUCGGAUUUCGCCCAAGGCUAUAUGUCCGGGGAAGCUGGCUACGUUCUUAGCAGAGGAGCCCUACGUCGCCUAAAUCUAUUCGCCUUUAAAGACUUUAACAUAUGUGGGAAUGACUUGAACUCUAAUUUAGAAUCUGAGGAUCGGGAGAUGGGUCUCUGUCUGAAAAAUGUUGGAGUGAUUGCAGGAGAGUCGCGCGAUGGCAUGGGUCAGGAGCGCUUUCUUCCAAUAAUGCCUCUAUGGAUUGGACCCGAAAUGGAUAUAUGGAAAAAGUACUCAGAGUCGCUGUACUUUAAAGCAACGACCCGCUCCUGCUGCUCCAGUUCCCUGAUCACCUUUCGCCCUUCGGCCGGUGCGAGUGCCUUCGACCUCUGGGAGUUCCUCCUGCAUCGCGUAAGUGUUUUUGGCUACCCGAUGAGGCCACUGAAGCUGCCGCCCCGUCUCAACUUCCGGGAGAUGCAUGCCCAGCUGCGCUAUUGGUCCCAGGUCGUGUCCGAUAACCAUGGCUGACUGGCUCGACUUAAUGUAAUUGCUACACCUUGAUAAAUAAACCAGAUGAAGAUUUAUUCCCGGCAAUAAGGCAGACAAUAGUUCGUCUUGG